AUGAAACCGCUCUCCACCUUAUAUAAUGCUUCGAACGUCUCCGACCACAGCGGGAAUAAAUGGAGGACAGGUUUCAGUAUGGUGGUCUUGUCCUGGUUUUGCAUGUUACUCGGCGGAGCCAUACUUCCAGUAUCGGCAAAUGAUGAGCCGCAAUUGCCACUAUACAACAUACCCGAUGCUUGUCCUGACUAUGCCUCCUAUGCUUCAUACCCUCACGAACCCCUGAGUUCCGGACCUUUGUCAUUGCCCUUCCAGAGACCCGUCAAACGUUGUCGGACAUUCAACUCUGUUGAAAUUGAAAGAGUCAUCAAAGAUGUUACUUCACGGAUGCAGGAUCCAGAUUUGGCACGUCUUUUCGAGAAUGCGUUCCCGUCAACAACUGAUACUACCGUAAGGUUUCACACCAAAGGCAGAGAUACUGCCUUCAUGGGCGUUGACGGAUCUGAGGAUGUUAUGGAUGACGCUUGGCAAGGGACCCAUUCAUUUAUCAUCACGGGAGACAUCGUCGCGGAAUGGCUGCGCGAUUCGACGAAUCAAUUGCGCCCGUACCAAGCACUGGCGAAGUAUGAUCAUGCCAUAUUCGACCUAAUCCUCGGCGCUAUCAACACGCAGGCGGAGUAUGUUAUCGAAUCGCCGUAUUGCAACGCUUUCCAACCACCCCCAAUAUCCGACCUUCCCGUCACCAGCAACGGCCAGGAUGAUUUGGUUCAUCCUGUCUAUGAGCCAAGUGCGGUAUUCGAGUGCAAGUACGAGCUUGAUUCACUGGCUCAUUUUUUAGCGCUCGCAAAUGACUUCUACGACCACACGGAGUCGACGGAAUUUCUGAACGAUCGAUGGUUUCUUGCUGUGAACAGGGUGCUGGAAGUAUUGGAACAGCAGUCAAAGUCGACCUUUGACCCAGAGACCCACGAGCUUCUGAGAAAUGAAUAUACGUUUCAGAGGCAGACGAACAUUGGAACAGAGACACUUAACCUGCAAGGAAAUGGAAACCCCUUGAACAGCGGUACUGGACUCGUUCGGUCCGCCUUCAGGCCGAGCGAUGACGCCACCAUCCUGGGUUUUCUAAUUCCUGCCAAUGCCAUGAUGUCGGUGGAGUUGCAACGAAGUGCGAGAAUUCUAAAAGCUGCCAAGAAGAAUUCCUUGUCAGAUGAACUGGACGGUUGGGGCAAAGCUAUACGCUCAGCAGUUUUGGAGCAUGGAGUCAUCAAGCACAAAACAUACGGCGAAGUUUUUGCCUACGAGGUCGAUGGGUACGGCUCCUCGAUUCUCAUGGAUGAUGCAAACUAUCCUUCACUUCUAGCUUUGCCUCUUAUGGGCUUUUGCAACACGAGCGACACUAUUUACCAGAAUACAAGGAAGAUGAUACUGGAUAGCUCUGGCAAUCCUUAUUACCUUAGAGGCAAAUACUUUGAGGGAAUAGGAGGUCCACACAUCGGCCUGCGAAAUGCAUGGCCCAUGAGCCUGCUUAUUCAAGCCCAAACAUCGGACGACGACGGAGAAAUCAAGGACUGUCUCAAAAUGGUCCUCAGAUCCUCGAAACUAGGUCUCAUACACGAAAGUGUGAACGUGAAUUAUAUCCGACAGUACACCCGAAGUUGGUUUGCUUGGGCCAACGGCGUACUCGCAACUACCGUAUUAGAUCUGGCAAAGAGGAAACCCCAUCUUAUCUUUAAACCAGGGACGUCCGCAUAUGAGCCGUAG